AUGCAAACUAUCACGGUCACGUCGGACGGCGGCCAGGCCGCGCUGCUGACUCGCCUGGCACAAAGAGACGUGUCGCACCCAACGGUCAAUCUUGGGCCCAUGACCUCCGUCUUUACGCCUCCCGCAGGCUGCGAAUCUUUUACACUCAGUUACUCCGGCCCACUCCUGGUUUUUGACUACGGCCGGACGUGCGAUGGAACCGCUUCGCGACAGCUCAAGACGUCUUGCUACCCUCCUCGCUAUGCGGCGGCGUGGAACGCGGAGCUGUACCCAGUAUUCUCGCCGGCCUCCAUCUGCCCAGCGGGCUAUGUCUCGGCGUGCGAAUUCGCAGGAGCGACUCCGACUACCUCCAGCCUCACCCAGCAGAGCAAAAAUGACUUCGAGGCCGUGAUGAGUCAAAUCCUUGCGCCAACAGAAAAGGCGGUAGCCUGCUGCCCGAGUGGAUAUGGCUGCUGGCAUUCUCCCGCGUAUCAUUGCCUGCGCUCGCUUUCAUCAGUCAGCAGCGUCACUGCGAACCCAAAUACAGAUUGCAGUUCGCACGACAUUGAACUCGUAACGUUUGUUCUCCGCGAUACAGUUUCUAUCACGAUCACAUCUACAAAUACCUUUGCCAGCUCGGCCCUGACCGAGUCCCUCAGUCCUUCUGACAGCAAAACCAGCGGCAACGGCACCAGCAAUGACCACGACAAUAAAAACAAUUCUGCCGACAGCGGUCUUUCGACUGGCGCGAAAGCGGUGAUUGGAGCCUGCAUCCCCUUGGUUGCGAUUUUCGCCGGCCUGGCUCUCUUUGCAUUCUUGCAUCGUCGAUCACGCCGUAACACUACUGGAGCUGCAGGCGCAGACGGCGCUCCAACGACAAAGGAGUUUUCUGCAUACCAUAGAACCAAAAUGGAAAGAUUCAAUGCGGCAAUGUCAGGAAGUCUGAUGCCUCCUGAUCGCUCUGUCAAUGUCAGUCCAGGCGCAAGUCUAGAUGGAGCAUCUGAGCUUCAUGGUCCGCAUCAGCAACAGGCCCUCGACGCAAAAACGAGCGUCAAGGCUCAAUUUCAAAAGAACUUUUGCUCCGAGCGGAAACAAACUGCCGUAAUCCAAGACCAAUACCUUCUUUGCCAGCACAUUAUUUCUGCCUAG